UUGCGUAAGGUCGGCCAUGUGUUCUGUGCUUCUAACCAUUCAAUUGCUUCCACGCGUUUAAUUUGAAUUUCUAGUUAUAACUUUCUAAUCUUCCUCCCAUAUUUUCCAAGGAUCUCUCCCUCUGUUCCUCCAGGACCGUCCUAAACCAUAGGCAUCUUGUCGUUUAGGUUGUACUCUCGGAAAUWAGCCUAAAUAUGCAAGUUUAUCGCAUUGUGUUAUUGUACUUGGCUGUUCUGUGUUUGACUGCAUGGAUUCCUGUCGGCUUCGCUGACAAAGAGGACGCAGUUGAAGAAGACGCUGUAGCUGACCUAGAUGAACCAGAUGUUGARGUUGAACCAGAACCAGAAGCAUCAGAAGAGAAGGAGAAGCCGGCUGCAAAGAAACCGACUGAAAUUGAAAACUACACGCCACCCGUCAUCUCUGUGGAGCACCAAGACUCUGUUUUCCUUGCUGAACCCUUUGCAGACCCAGCUGUUUAUAAAGCAAGAUGGAUUCAAUCCCAAGCUAAGAAAGAUGGUGUUGAUGAAAACAUUGCCAAGUAUGACGGUGUUUGGUCAUUUGAAGAACCUUUAACCAAGUUAUUUAAGGAAGACAUUGGUCUUGUUCUUAAGUCAAGAGCAAGACACCAUGCUAUCUCUGCCAAACUUGACAAAAAGUUUGAUUUCAAGGACAAGCCAUUCAUUGUCCAAUAUGAAGUCAAGUUCCAACAGUCCAUGGAAUGUGGUGGUGCAUAUGUCAAGCUUCUUGCCGAUGGACAAGGCUUUUCUCCUGAGACUUUUACGGACAAGAGUCCUUAUACCAUCAUGUUUGGGCCUGACAAGUGUGGUGAAGACCGAAAGCUGCAUUUCAUUUUCCGGCACAAAAAUCCUGUCAAUGGAAGUUUUGAAGAGAAACAUGCAAAGAAACCCAGUGGGAAUUUUCAAGGUGUUUUUGAUGGCAAAAAGACACAUCUCUUUACCCUGGUCGUCAGACCUGAUAACACUUUUGAGGUGUUUGUAGACCAGGAGAGUGUUAGUAAAGGUAGCCUGCUUGAAGAUAUGACCCCUGCUGUCAACCCCUCGAAAGAGAUUGAAGACCCAGAUGACAAGAAACCAGAGGAUUGGGAUGAAAGAGAGAAGAUUCCAGACCCUGAUGCAGAGAAGCCUGACGAUUGGGAUGAGGAUGCUCCACCAAAGAUUGCUGACCCUGAUGCAAAGAAACCUGAAGGAUGGCUUGAUGAAGAACCAGAAUACAUUCCUGACCCAAAUGGAGUCAAGCCAGAUGACUGGGAUGAUGAUGAAGAUGGUGAAUGGGAGGCACCUCAGAUUGCAAAUCCUAAAUGUGAGAAGGUUGGAUGUGGAGAAUGGAAGCCACUCCAAAUAGACAAUCCAAACUUCAAAGGAAAGUGGUCGGCGCCAUUAAUAACUAAUCCAGAGUACAAGGGUAUCUGGAAGCCAAGAAUGAUCCCAAACCCACAUUACUUUGAAGAUAAGGAGCCUUUUAAGAUGACUAGCAUUGUUGGAAUUGGUUUAGAGCUGUGGUCAAUGACACCUGAAAUCUUAUUUGACAACAUAAUUAUCACCAACGAUAAAGCUGUUGCAGAUAAAUGGGCCAAGGAAAGCUGGGUGAAAAAGAAUGUUAAAGAAACUUAUGGAGGCAGUGAUGAGGGUGGAGUACUUGGUGGACUGCUUGAAGCAACUAAUGAACGACCAUGGUUAUGGGUGCUCUUUGUUAUUGUCAUCAUUCUUCCAUUUGUUCUCAUUGCCGCAUUCUGCUUCCCUGGAGGAAAGAGUGAUGCAGCAAAGAAGAAGACUGAUGAACCAACUGAAGAUGUUGCGGAAGAAGAAACGAAGAGUGAGGAAAGAGAAGAGCCAGUAGGAGAAGAAGAAGAAGAGGAAGAGAAAAUGGAGGUUGAUGAGAAGGAAGAGAAGGAGGAGGAGAAUGCCGAGGAAGAAGAGCCUGAAAGGAGAGUUACCCGCCGAAAAGCCAGAAAGGAAAACUAAUGGGAGUUGCCAAACAGUCAUCACAAUAUCUCCAAAGGAGCUCUCUGCUGUGCAAUUUUUCUCUCCUAAGGCCAGCAAUUCUUUUUAGCUGCCUUCUUAUAUCCAGUUAAUACUGGCAACUUUUGAAUUUUAGGCUUGAAGUGCAUAGUGGAAAUUAUGAUGUGUUUGCUUGUUCUCUUUUAAGUCUUCAUGUGUCAAUGUGAUUAAUUUUGCACUGGGCAUUUAGCUGAUUGUUUGUACUGAUUCCAGGUAUCCCAGACCUCCUAUAUAUCCUAUAUUUCCUAUAAUUUGUAUAGGAUCCUAUAAAGAGCCUAUAUUUAAAGAAAACCUCCUAUAUUUCCUAUAAAUAGGACGACUGCUAAGUGAUACAUUUACAUUUUACACUGUUUAGCAUAUUUGGUAAUAAAAUGGUGCUCCUUUUUUUUUGGUUCUGCAAAUCAUUGGCGAUUACGCCACUGAAAAGCUAUUUUAGCUCAUAUAAAGUGCAUAUAUUUUUGGGGAAAAAUCCUAUAUUUUCCUAUAUUUAGAACUUGCACAGCCUAUAUUUCCUAUCAAAUUUGUCUAAAACAUGGCUGGGAUGCCUGUGAUUAUUGUUGGAUGUACUUCUGUUAUAUGUCUUUCUAUGCUGGUUAACAUGCACACACUAGAGUAUAAGCCCUGUUUCUCUCAUAAUGGUUCAACGACAUGUAGCCAAGAAAUGACUAUUUAUUUUAUUCAGAAAAAGAUGUUUCCUCUUGCUCAUUAAGUAUUUGCAGACAGCAGAUAUAUUAGCCUAAGGAGUAAACAAUAGACCUCCUCGGCUUGGCAUAAUGUUGUCCCAUUUCAGACCACGUGUCAUUCCCUUGAGAAUAAUAUUCUUUGCUUGAGUUGUAUCCAUAUUCAUGUGUCUUCUCAUGUGCAACCGAGUGCAAACCUUAAACAAAGAAAUGAUACUCUAGGGAAUGACACGUUGUCUGAAAUAGGAAAGCAUUAUGUCAGAGCCGAGGAGGUCUAUAAAGCCACAAAAGUUCAUUUUCUAUUGUUUAGGACAAUGGGCUACUUCAGUGAUACAACAGCCAUCUUGAAUUGUAAGUCAUUUUGGGCGGGCAUCCAGAGGGCAAAACGAAACAAAGUUGGCAGAUAAUAUUAUGUAAACUUUAAUGUGUUUGUCUUUUUUAUGGGAAAAGGGGAUCAAUGCAUGGUCUUUGCUGUAAUAAUGACAGGUGUUAUGAAGAAAAAUAUGCCAUCAAUUUUCACAUUAGCUCUAUAUUUGUCCCGAGUAAGCCCCAUGAUGUCUUGCAAUCCAAGAUGGUUGCUGUAUCGUCAAAGUAGUCUAUUUAGUACAACUUACUUUAUAAUAGAACCUUUUCGUGGGUUUAUUGUUUGCACUCUUGCAAGAUGUCGAGACAUUGAAACCUGUUUCUCUGAACAACUGGUCAUCGUAAUCAAAUUGUAAUCAACACCUUUGUUCCUGGCUGAAUUUUCUGACCACUCUAAAUUUCAUUACUCCAAAAAAAAUAUGUUUCAAAAGCUUCCUCUGUCAAUAGAACUAUAAAAUAUAUAUGUUCGGUUUUUACAAGCUCUUUGUAACUGGGCAUUUGGACCCUGGGCACAAAUUUUAACAUACUUGAACUAAUUUAUCUCCGUUCACACAAAUAGAUCCCAUUUAACCCAUGUAGGUGCUUUAAAAAAAGGGUUCUACAAGCUACUCUAAAUAUCUUAGUAAUUGUAUUUCGUGGGUUAAAUCGUAAAAUUGUGUUUUUUAUGUGUCACCCAAGGUCUUUCUUUAGUUGUUUAAGUCAAUAAUAGCUGACUUAGCUGCAUGGUUCUUCAAUUUUGUAUUUUCACCACAUUUUGUAAUUCCAUCUGAAACUGUCGUUGGAUUUUUGGACUAAGAACAAAAAAUCAAUAAAGGUCUCAAAAUAGUAACGACAA